AUGCCAAAUUCGAAUUCACUGAGCAGUAUCACAUCACAUCUACCGUUAUUCAUUGCGUAUCGCAGUGGACGUGGCAGAAUACAUCACUACGCAAUAAAUGAGUCGAAAGUCUACGAACGAAAGGGUGCUGAGCUCACUCCUGUGACCUCAUAUCAGGUUGAUUAUGGCGAUCCAUCAGCGCCGAGAUUCUUCACAAUCGAGUCACUCAUUCACUACUAUACAGUCUAUGUGCAUUUACGUCGAACAAAACACGGCGAAUGUGUCGCAGAUAUUUUUCCACGUCUUCGUCCAUUCAAGCGUAACUAUCACAAGCAUUCAGCACAUGUCAAUUGA